GAGGCUGUAUAUUUCAGGCCUUUACGCAAUGCGCUGUGAACAGUGAGCGGAAGGAAGGGUGCACGUGCGACCGCGCACCGCGCUCUUGCUGCGUACGUCGCGCGUGCCAGCUCGGUGAGCGUCGCGCGACCAAGCCGACUGGUCUGGACCUCAGUGCUGCAGCGUGGGGAGAACACAGUAUGGGGGAGUGAUGGCGGCGGCGGGCGAGUGUUACAUCGUGCACGAGAUCUACAACGGUGAGAACGCACAGGAGCAGUUUGAGUAUGAGCUGGAGCAGGCGCUCGAGGCCCAGUAUCCCUACAUCGUCAUCGAGCCGACGCGCAUCGGGGACGAGACGGCGCGCUGGGUGGCUGUGGGCAACUGCCUGCACAAGACAGCCGUACUAGCGGGCGCCGCGUGCCUCUUUACGCCGCUGGCACUGCCUCCCGAUUAUUCCCGCUACGUAGCUCUGCCCGCCGGCGCCCUCAGCCUGGCCUGCGCCGCACUCUACGGCAUCUCGUGGCAGUUCGACCCGUGCUGCAAAUACCAGGUGGAGUACGACAGCGGGAAGCUCGCGCGCCUGCCGCUGCACACGCUCACCUCGUCCACGCCCGUGGUGCUGGUGCGCCACGACGACGUGCACAGAAAGAGACUGCACAACACAAUAGCGCUCGCCGCCCUGGCCUACUGCGCCAAGAAGAUCUACGAACUGUACGCCGUAUGAACGUGUACACGCGUGCGAAAAUACCCACACACACGUACUGAUACGUCGUCUCGCACACACACACACACACACUCAUGCUGAAAGGGAGGUGAGAAGCACUACAGAAUACAAACAGCAGACACAAACACACGACUGAAAGCCAACAGGCAGAUGGAGGCAGGGACGGCGAGCUCGAUCACCCAGAACAGGAAGAACCUGGCAGCGUUCUCUUCACUCUUUUCCCGUCUGUGCGCUUCAACGGACGAACAGGAGGAGAAACGGACGAGAAGACGGUGAAGGGGGUGUGGGUGUGGGAAGGGGGCGGGGGGGUGUUUAUUGGAGAAGUAAGAUUCUUCCCCUGUUUUUUCUGCACUGUUAAGUGACAGCACUGCACUUGACCAACCCCCCCCUCCCCCUUUUUUCUCUCGGUAUCCCUCGCUGAGCUCCUGCACCUGCGCAGCGACUGUCAGAUCGUGACCACGUGGUGGACAGGCGAACACACAGACAUGUUUUAAGUAUUACUUUGAAGCCCUGUCUCUCCCCCUCCCCCUGUGUAGUUUUACUGUACCCUGCCUUGGUGCAUCACCUUUUCAUUAAACAGUAGGAGAUUUAACCUGA